AUGGCUCAGGAGAUAAAAAUCCUGAGGGAUGCAACAGUCUCGGCGACCCUCUCCCAUAAUAGGCGGAUUGAGGAGAAGCUGGCUAUGCAAGAGCUGAUAGACGCUCCGGCGGAAAUCUUGCCGGUAGUGAUAAUGGAGGCAGUCAACGGCGUUGACUUGGUGCUGGAAAAGGCCAACACGAUAAAAGGAGAGCACAAGGGCAGACUCAAUAAAUCUGCGGGCACAAUCAAAACCAGGGCGGCCCUGACUCUGCUCGUAGAAAGAUACGAGCACCCCGUUACCGGACGGGAAAGAGACGCCGAGAUGGAACUGCUUCGCGAAAAGCUAGCGGCCCAGGAGGAAGAUCUGUUGACCCUUAAUCAGGUCAAAGUCCAAAACUUGCAGAUGCAACGACAGCUGCAAGAACUGCAGGAACAAGUCCCAGUACUGAAAGCAGAGAGGGACAUGAAGAUACGAGCGGCGCACAUAAGAGAGAGAGGUGGCAAAAGGAAACAACUUUUACCCCUGACUCAAUCGUUAUUAUUUUCCGAGGAAGAUGCUUAUGAGAGAGAGAAGGAGGAACGCACGGGAUACAACGAGAAGAUGGAAAUGGAGAUGGAAGUGGAGCCCGUGGCGGAAAAAGAGGGAACGACCAAGAACUCGAGGAAUAGGAUCUUGGAGAAAAUACGAAGGGAGGGAAUGCCAGAGGUCAAGAGACCUUCCAUACAGGGGAAACAGGCGAUCAUAAACUCUGCGAGGCCACCUGUAGCACCAGCGGAGCCAACCCCCCAUGUGAAGGCGAACAACGCGCCCGGCAUGGAGAGUAGACUGGCAACUAUGCUGGUCACCUGCGUGAGGGAAACAGUGGAAAAAAUGGAAGAGAAGCUACGAGCAGAUCUGAUCCAACUGAUCCCAAAGAAGGAGGAAAACAAAGAUCAGAGGAUCUCCCCCCCCCCCGACAGGAAGGAGACACCCGCCGCGACAAAUAGGAAAGCAGCAGGAAAGGAAAAGGGUGUAAAGGGGAAGAUAACGUCUAAUCCCACAUCGACCGGGGGCAAAGGCCCCCGAUUGCAGGUACUAGGACGAGAGGAGGAUCCCGCACCGUCCGAUCCCACAUCGACCGAGAGCAAAGGUCACCGGUCGCAGGUACCAGGACGGAAAGGGGACCCAGCGCCGUCCAAUCCCACAUCGACCGGGAGCAGAGACCCCUGGUCGCAGGUACUAGGACAGAAAGCGACUUCCGAGCCCACGUCAUCGCCCGCCCCCGCUCCCAUAAAGAAAGCGGGGGAUGUGCAUUCACGGACAAGAAACGAGACAACACAGGUCGCCACCGCUGGGCCAUCGAAACAGGAGGAAUGGACCCAGGUGAAAACCAGAGGCAGAAAAAGCGGAGGGAAGCCAACACAGGCCAAACUCCAGACCCGGGCCCAAUCACGAAAAUCAACGGAUAGGAAUACCGAAAAGAAGGAUGCCGAGAAAAAGACGGGACAGGGGGGAAAGCCAGGGGGCAAAAACACACAACCGCCCCCUGCACUCUCACAGAAAGGAAAGAAAAGGAGAGUACCGCGCACAGCAGCAGUCACCUUGAACUGCCCCGAAGGGGAGUACGCGGAGUGCAUGGGAGAGGUUAGGAGGAAGAUACAACUGGAGAGUCUGGGAAUAACAAAGCUCUCAAAUGUCAGGCGUACCGCCACCGAGGCAAUGAGCCUUGAGAUAGCGCGGCAAGGCAACGCCGGAAAAGCUGAUGCCCUUGCCGGUAAAAUAAGUGAGAUACUAGCCGACAGAGAGGGAGUGAGAGUGAGCCGACCGAUAAUAACGGCUGACAUAAGACUUGUCGGAUUUGAGGAAUCAAUGAGUAAAGAGGAGAUUGGUGAGGCCUUGGCGAGGAAAGGAAAUACCGGCCUCAUCAACUUCAAGGUUGGACCCAUAAGGAAAAUGACCAACGGACUGUGUUCCGCAGUGGUGAACUGUCCGUUGGCAGUGGCCAACAGCCUUGUGAAGGAGGGAAAAAUAGCACUGGGGUGGUCGCCCACGAAAGUGGAGUUACUAGACAAACGGCCACUUCAAUGCUAUAAAUGCAUGGAGGUGGGACACACGCGCGCUCAAUGCAGCAGCGAAAAAGAUCGAACCGGGGCCUGUUACAGGUGCGGGGAACUCGGUUACCCGGCCAGAGAGUGUCGGGCUCCCGUGCGAUGCACCGUGUGCAAGGAUAAACGGCUCCCUCACGAUCACCGCGUUGGGGAACCCACCUGCAAGGGAUGCAAGCCGGAAAAGAGGGGAAAGACAGAAGAGGCAGGAAAGAAGGAAGAGGAACCGACGAAAAACAAGAGUAGUGGGAAGAAGCCCAAAGUAACGUCAAACCUUGAGGUUAGGAACUUCGAGGUUAGAGACGGAAACAAAUUGAUAGCCGGAGAGGUGAUCACACAGAACCCUCCCAAGGAUAAAAGGCUUCAAAAGAGAAAACCGGAAGGCACAAAGAUACUCGUCAAGUCUGAUGCUCUCAGGAUAAUCGGGGUGGUGACUCAAGAGGAGCCACCAAAAGAACAAAGGCUCCCGAAGAGGAAGCAAAAGGGAGAUAAGGCCCUGGAUAAGCCAACAGACACCACGGUGCCUAUGGACUUGCAGGAGGAAGCGGAAACCCUUUCGCCAGAUCCACUCAAGAUAACGGACAAGGAAGAAAUCGCGGAAAUGGCGAAGGUGGAUCAAGAGGGAACGGGAGAUACCUCCCCGCAGGCAGAGACCGCCAGCGUAAAGGAAGGAUCGUAG